ACGGCGUCUCGAGCGCGUUGAUUGGCCUGCAUCCCCGGACCGGGAUACUUCCUGGAAUGUCCGAGACUACGUUCCAUUGGGCUGCAUCCGGCCAAGGCCAGGACCCUGGCUCCCCCUGGGGGUGGCUAAGCGGCGUGCACCAUCCUCCCCGCUGGGGAGUGGAGGCCUGGGCAGCAUGACGACGGAGACCUUUGUGAAAGAUAUCAAGCCAGGACUUAAGAAUCUGAAUCUCAUCUUCAUUGUGCUAGAGACAGGCCGAGUGACCAAGACAAAAGAUGGACAUGAGGUGAGGACCUGCAAAGUAGCAGAUAAAACAGGUAGCAUCAAUAUAUCUGUUUGGGAUGAUGUUGGCAACCUGAUCCAGCCUGGGGACAUUAUUCGACUCACCAAGGGAUACGCUUCAGUAUUUAAAGGCUGUCUGACGCUCUACACUGGCCGUGGGGGUGAUCUGCAGAAGAUUGGAGAAUUCUGUAUGGUUUAUUCUGAGGUCCCCAACUUCAGUGAGCCAAACCCCGAGUACAGUGCCCAGCAGCUCCCCAGCAAAACGGUACAGAACGACAGUACCUCUGCCACUUCCCAGUCCCCUUCUGGCCCUCCUGCUGUGUCUCCAGCCUCUGAGAAUCAAAAUGGGAAUGGCCUAACCACCCCCCCUGGCCCAGGCAGUGGCCCCCAUGCACCCCACACCCCCACUCACCCUAUCAGCACCCGAAUCACUCGAAGUCAGCCUAGCCACACACCUGCUGGCCCUCCAGGCCCCUCUUCCAACCCUGUCAGCAACGGCAAAGAGACCCGGAGGAGCAGCAAGAGAUAG